CUCAAGUAGCAGCCUCUACUAGUUGUACAGUUCUCCCUUAUUUGAUACCAGAGAGCCCAUGGAGCCUUCUGAAGUACCCAGUCAGAUUAACAAAGAUAAUUUUUUAGAAGUUCCUAAUUUAUCUGAAUCUCUUUGUGAAGAUGAAGACGUUAAAGCUACCUUCAGACACAGUUACUCCCCUCAGCCGAGCAGACGAGGUUCUGAUUCUUCAGAAGACAUGUACCUGGAUACGCCAUCUUCAGGUGCAAGAAGAGUUUCAUUUGCCGACGCCUUUGGAUUCGAUCUUGUAUCUGUUAAAGAAUUUGAUUCCUGGGAUUUACCGGGUGUUUCAACCAAUUUUGACUUAAGGAAGGACAUUUUCCACACAGAAGAAUAUGUUUUAUCUCCACUAUUUGUCUUGCCUUCUUCCAAAGAAGAUCUUAUGCGACAACUUCAAGAACAGAAAGCGAUACUGGAAUCAGCUGAGUAUCUUCCUGGGUCUACAAGUAUGAAGGGCAUUAUUCGAGUUUUAAAUAUUUCUUUUGAGAAAUUAGUAUAUGUGAGAAUGUCCUUAGAUGACUGGCAGACACAUUAUGACAUUUUAGCAGAAUAUGUUCCUAAUUCAUGUGAUGGUGAAACUGACCAGUUCUCAUUUAAGAUUACAUUGGUUCCUCCUUAUCAAAAAGACGGCAGUAAAGUUGAAUUUUGCAUACGUUAUGAAACUUCUGCUGGCACAUUUUGGUCAAAUAAUAAUGGCACAAAUUAUACAUUGGUUUGUCAAAAGAAAGAACAAGAGCCGGAGCCUGUAAAACCACGGGAAGAAGUUCCUAAUAGGCAAAUAAGAGGCUGUUUAAAGGUAAAAUCAAGUAAAGAAGAAUCAUCGGUAACAUCUGAAGAGAAUAACUCUGAGAAUUCAAAGGUUACAGAUACCUAUAUCCCAACAAUCGUUUGUUCUCAUGAGGACAGAGAUGACUUGGAAACCACUAAUCAAAAUGUAAAAGACGUAAACAGGGAACAUGAUGAACAAAAUGAAAAAGAAUUAGAGUUGAUGAUAAAUCAACAUUUACAAAGAACUAGAAGUACUCCUACCAGAGAUGAGAUGAAUCCAUUUUCAACUGAUACAGUCAAUUUUUCAAAUAAAGUUGAAGAGUUAGAGAAGAAGCAACCUCAUGGUGAAACAUGCACAGAUUUGUUCAAAAGACCAUUGUCUCCAAAUUCAUCAGCAGAAAGCUCCCUGAAGAGAGAUUUUCACCACAAUGAAAAAUCUUUCUCAGGAAAUGAGUCUAGUCAUCGGCCUUCAGAGAAAAUUCUUUCAGAUGUGGGAGAAAUCAAGCCAUCAUUAGGAGAUACUAGUAGUGAUGAAUUAGUGCAAUUAUCUAUUAGCAGCAAAGAAGUCCUAGAUGAUAAUGCUAAUCCAGCCGAAGGGAGUUGCAGAGUGCAACUAUAUUGUCCCUCCUCAGAUCAAAUAAAAACAGGAAACCAUAAUAAAAAGCAUGAAGGAGGAGCUAAGAAAGUUGAAAUAAAAGAUUGGGAAUGUUUAAGGAGAGAUUUCCAUUCAGAUGUGUCUGCAUAUCUGGAAGAAUCAACAGAAAGCAGAUCUUCCAUGGAAGAUUAUGACAAUGGUAAGGAGGAAGAGGAACAAAAGAAGCACUCAGGUAUUAAUGAAAAACAAAAAUUUCAAUCAAUCUUACAUGACCAAGAAAGGCAGAUAGGCCACUCCAAAAUAAGCAUGGAAGGGACUGGAGUUAGUAAAAGACACCCAACUGCUUUGCCUACACAAGGUACCACAGUUCCUGCCCAGGCAAUAACAGUAGACACAUUUCAUUUACCAAGGACAAAUUUAAAUUGGGAAGAAACUAUGGUAACACCAUCAGUACGUGAUCUCUCAACUAGUGAGGGCAUCUCUUUGGGAGGGAAAAGUGGUCAAGAGUUUUCACCAAGAAAUGAAGAUGUUUUGAGGAAUGAUUAUCUUUUCCAGGUUGAAGAAGAAAAAUCAGAUUGGAUUAAUCCUGAAGAUCAGAAUAAAAAUACACAGCAUAAACACAGUUGGAAUGUUCUGGAAAGUCAGGGAAAAGCAAAAGGGAGUAAGACACAUAUAACAAAGCAGAUCAAAGAACAAGCAAAUUAUGAGGACAGGAGGGGAAAAAGAGAUAAUAGGAGAAGUCUGAGAGCUACUUCUACAGAAUUGUUUACCUGCCAAGAAACAGUGCUCUGUGAACUGCCUUCUCUAGCUGAUCAUGGUAUUACUGAGAAAGCAGAAGCAGGAACAGCUUAUAUAAUUAAGACAACAUCAGAAAGUACUCCAGAAAGCAUGUCUGCUAGAGAAAAAGCAAUAAUUGCUAAGCUACCUCAAGAGACAGCACGAAGUGACAGGCCCAUCGAGAUAAAGGAAACAGCGUUUGAUCCACAUGAAGGGAGAAAUGAUGAUUCACAUUAUACCCUUUGUCAACGAGAUACAGUAGGUGUAAUCUAUGACAAUGAUUUUGAGGAGCAAGCACGUGUAGGUAUUUGUAAUGUUCGUGUAGAUGAAAUGGAGAAGGAGGAAACCAUGUCUAUGUACAAUACUCAAAAGACACAUGACAGGGAGAAAUAUGGCACUAGAAAUAUAACAUUGGUAGAAGAAUCCUCACAGGUCAUUACAGGUAAUCAAAAAGCAAAUUCAAAACUAGAUUUGCAUUUAGGAAGGUUACCAACAGACAAAAAAAUAUUUCCAGAAAAUAGAGAUCUUGGGCAGGCCCAACAGUUAUCAAAGAAAACAGACUUAGAUGCUGUUGUUCAAUCUGCUUUUAACUCUGACAUUCACAGAGUUUCUCAGAAUGACUCUCACAUUUCCCAUCCCCAAACUGUACCAUCUUAUGAACAGGCAAGUGCUGUAGAGAAUACAAUUACUACCACAGCUCUUCAAUCUGUUUCUACUAAAUCAGAAUAUAAUUGUAAUCCAACUGAAGUCCAGGGUAUUGAGAAUCACUGCCAUCCUAAAUCUAAUCCUGAAGAUGUUUCCAAAAGGUCAGGAAUACUGGCAUCAGGUAGUAAAAAAGAAAGAUGUAUAGGUCAGAUUUUCCAGUCAGGAGAAUGCAGUGUGGAAAAAUCUCAAGGGCCCAUGAUUUUAAUAAGCGAAGCUCAUGAGGAUACGCAGGAGGCAAGGCAUGCAAAUGAAGAAUUAAUAAAGUCUGGACAAUCACUCCACUCUUCAGGUGACAAGGAAUCUGAGAUCUCUGCUUCUACUGAUCUCCCUGAUAAGGAAAGUCAAACUCAAAGCAAUGAAUCUUUGCUUUCAAAAUAUACCAACUCUAAAAUACCUUAUUUCCUCUUGUUUCUGAUAUUUCUUGUAACUAUCUACCACUAUGACUUAAUGAUUGGCUUGGCAUUUUACCUUUUUUCAUUGUACUGGCUAUCCUGGGAAGGGGGGAGACAAAAAGAGUCUGUCAAAAAGAAGUAACCCCAGAAGCAUUAUUAUUAUUAUAUCUUAAAAGAUAAACUAUUUAGCCCCAAACAUUUGGAUUGGUGAAAGAGACUAUUCAUUGUUCAAAGAACCAGUGCAGUUUUUCUCUUGAAGGAUCAUUUAAACAGGAAUGCGUAUGAAGUUUGCGCCUUCAUAUAAGUAAUUAUUCUAUAUAGGACCAUUAUGUUUGGAUCAUUAAAUACCUAUAUGAAUAUGAGAUCUGAAGCACGUCAAGUUGAAAUUAGGUACAGCUGUUGCUCCUUAGCAGGCUAUGAAGUUGCAAUGCUUCAUGUCUCUUCACUACUUAAAGUGCUAUUUCU